AUGGAAAGUAUCCAUGUCCUUGGGAAGGCCAUCUCAAGCCACCCACAAUCUAUCGAAAUCAUACCAGGCGACCUAGACAUAUGGCGCGCCCCAAAUUCAACCACUCCAUUCCUACUCGUUGACGGACAUCUGGGAGUUCUGCAGAAGUUGCUGUACAAACUCUACGUGACUGCGCAGACUAUCUUCUAUUCGAUCCGCCGGGAGCAACGAACUCCCACCAUCUACUCGGAUUUGGUGGAUAUAACCGCCGUUAUCCUCUUGGCCAAUCCCGCGCACCAAACGGCUCUCCACGAAAGGAAGAAACUCGUUGAAGCUCGCGUGAUACGUGCUGAUGAUGAACUGGAACUCCUUGGUUUACUGCAAGCCAGCAAAUCCCACGCGAAAUAUUAUGGGCACACAGAAGAUGGCUCCUGA